GCUGUGCCAAUGCGCCACGGUCAUUUGUUCCAGGAAACCAGGUCUUUGCCCGGAACUAUGUGGGGGACAUUCCUUGGGUGCCAACCACAGUAGUGGGAGUCACUGGACCUCGCUCGUACCAGGUGGCACUCGAAGACGGUCGCUUGUGGCGCCGGCACAUAGACCAGCUUAG